GACUUCAUCUUGUUUUUCUCUUUUUCAGAUCCUCUUCACAUCAAGAUACCCUUCCUUAUCUUUGGUUAUCAUCGCUUCCUCUCUCUCUCUCUAAGAUGGGUCAUCUUCAACCUUUGAAGGAGGUGGUCCUCCUCCUAGCUGUGGUGAUGGGCGUGAUGAACAGGAGCUUUGGUGCAGUUCCCCAUGGUUCCAUGAGAAUGGUGGAUGGAGUGAACAAGGAAGGCCCGUUCUUGGGGAUCGUAGUGCCCAACUCCUUCGAGAUGAACCCUCUUCUCCAAACUCCAAGCUUUGUCCCCAAUGGAACUCUCCCUCACUUGGACAUUUCUGGAAGGAGAUUUCGGAUCGGACGGCUGCAGAACGAGAAAGUGAUCAUCGUCAUGACGGGGUUGAGCAUGCUAAAUGCAGGUAUAACCACAGAGUUGCUCUUGACUCUGUUCAAUGUGAAAGGUGUGGUGCACUAUGGAAUUGCAGGGAAUGCAAAUCCAGAUCUCCAGAUUGGGGAUGUGACAAUCCCACGGUAUUGGGCUCACACAGGCCUUUGGAAUUGGCAGAGGUUUGGAGAUGGGCCUGGCACGGAGCUAGCAUUUGAAUCAGAUGGGGACUACACCCGGAAGAUUGGGUACCUCAACAUCUCCGGUUUCAACAAUCACACCAGCGGUGGCGAGGUUGACCCGAACCUCCUCAACAAUGUUUGGUACCAACCCGAGGAAAUCUUCGCGGUCGAUGGUGUCCCCGAAGUCCGACAGCACGCCUUCCGGGUCCCCAUUAACAGGCACUACUUCGCUGUCUCGAAGAAAAUCAAGGGAUUGAAGCUUGGGCAAUGUGUGAACUCAACAUGCUUGCCAAGGGCACCAAUGGUGGUGAGAGUGGAGAGAGGGGUGAGCGCCAAUGUGCUUGUGGACAACAGUGCUUACAGGCAGUUCUUGUACUCAAAGUUCAACGCGACCGCCAUCGACAUGGAGAGCGCCUCCAUUGCUCGGGUCUGUCGCCAACACAAGAUGCCGUUCAUCGCGAUCAGGUCUCUCUCUGAUUUGGCCGGUGGUGGGUCUUCUCUCUCCAACGAGGCCUCCAUCUUCGCCUCCCUGGCUGUCCAGAAUGCAGUGGAUGUUCUUCUUAGGUUCAUUGCUUUGUUGUUCUCAUCGUGAUGAACCCCCACCCGCCAACGCACACACGCACACUCAUGUGUUCUUAGGAUGUUCAUGUUUAUUGAUUGUAAGAGUUGUUGUGUUAUGCAUCAAUAAUUGAUGACAAAAUUCAUAU